ACAUAAAAAUAAAAAAUAAUUUUAAAAUCGAUUUUAAAAAUAAAAUAAUAAAAAUAUUGAAAAAUAGUAUGUUGAGGAAAAGAUUUUCCUUUCUGAACAAUGGAAAAAAAUUUCUGGUUCAUUUUGAAGUUUUGGCCGAAUACCGGAAUACAAUUAUAUUUUUCAGAAAUGUCACAUUUUCCGUGAAACGAACGGAGUUUUAGUUGUUAGGAAGGAAGGGGAAAUUUAUUAAUAAUUGAUUUUCUUCCUUUAUAUCUGCAACGAAUAUGUUCAAAUUCUUUUGGGAGGGCGGCAGCUUCCCGCGCUUGCCUCCCCACUCUUCGUGGUUGGCUUGUGUUUACUUUACAGUAUUCCUGAGCUUGACAGGUUAAUGUUCUAUCCACAAUCUUUCUAACUAGACUCCUUGUUUAAUUAUGAUAGCCAAGGUGAACUCAUUAGAUUAAUCGUUGCUGAAGUUUCGAUCAAGUUGAAUAAAAGAGACAAAAUUCUACCAGAUUAUUUAGUCGGAAUUCAUGAUCGUGUUGAAGACGUCAUCCACCUUUUAGAUGAAGGUUCUCCCGAUGUACGUUACCUAGUAAUCCAUGGUAUGGGGGGCAUUGGUAAGACGACUCUUGCCAAGGUUGUCUUUAACCAAAUUUCUUGUCAGUUUCAUGGUUGUAGCUUUCUUUUAGAUGUUCGAGAAGCAUCAAAAGGUGGCAAAGUUGUUCAAUUGCAAAAACAACUAUUGUCAGAAAUUCUAAACUUCAAACCAGUGGAGAUUGUUGACUCUGAUGCAGGGAUUGACCAAAUUAAAAGGAGAUUCCGUGAUAAGAAAGUUCUCAUUAUUCUUGAUGACAUAGAUAAGUGGGACCAACUUGCAAAACUUGCAGAAAAGCGGGAUUGGUUUGGUUCGGGAGCAAAAUUAUUAUUACAACGAGGGACACCAACUUUUUGCCAAUCGAAGAGGAGAAUCGAGAAAAUAAUUUCCAAAGGUGUUUUGAAGAGUUUAAAAUCUAUCAAAUGGAAGAAUUGCACCAUGGCCAUGCUGUUCAACUUUUCAGUAAUCAUGCUUUUAGAAUGGAUUUCCCUCCACCGGACUACAAUGAUAUUUCUCGUGAUAUUAUUUCCAAAGCUGGUGGACUUCCUUUGGCUCUUGAGGUUAUCGGUUCCUCUCUUUAUUGCAAAAGCAAACGACUUUGGAAAGACACGUUGAAGAAACUAGGUUUAGUUCCCAAUCAAGAUAUCUUUUGCAAAUUAAAGAUUAGUUUUGAAAUGCUAGAGGAUGCACAAAGAGAAAUUUUUCUUGAUAUAGCCUGUUACUUUGUUGGUGAAGAAAGGAUCUAUCCACAUCAUAUGUGGAAAGCAUUGGAUUUUCUCCCAAGAAUUGAGAUCAAUUUCCUUAUCCGCAUGUCUUUGAUAAAAAUUGAUGAUGAUGAUAGAUUUUUAAUGCAUGACCUGCUUAGAGAUCUCGGAAGAGAAAUUGUUCGACAAGAAGACCUUAAAGUUCUUGGAAAGUGUAGUAGACUAUGGUGUCCCAAGAUUGCGUUGCAGGUAGUGCAGAAUAGAAAGGGAACAGAAAAUAUCAUGGCACUCAAACUAACUGGACUUUCCAUAGAGCAUGACUUUACAAGUGAAGAUUUUUCAAGGCUGCCUAGCUUACGGUUGUUGGAAUUAGAGGGGGGAAACUUGGUAGGAGACUUUAAGAAUCUGCUCUCAAGUUUAAGAUGGCUCUCUUGGCGUCAUUGCCCUUCAGACUUGCAAGCAGUCAAUCUAUAUUUAUGGAACUUAGUCGUGCUCAAACUUUCCGAUAGUGACAUUCCAGAGAAUUGGAACGGAUGGGGCUCAUGCUUGGCAAAUCAUGACUUGAAAGUUAUACAUCUUAUAAGAUGCCAUCUGUCAUCAACUCCAGACUUCUCGACGUGCUUGAAUUUGAAGAUACUGGUUCUUGAUGAAAAUUGUCCAAGGUUGCUACAAAUCAGUAGCUCUAUCCAUAAGCUAGAACGCCUAAAGCGCUUGGAAAUAAUUCCAGCACAAGUUCAGUUGUCAAAGUUGCCCGCAAGCGUCCCUUUUGACCUGUUUGCAGUGCCUUCUGCAAUAUGCGGUCUAAAGUGCCUAUCGAGUUUAAAGCUAGAAGGGCAGUGUAUACAGGAGCUUCAUCCAUCUAUUGGAGAGAUGGCAGGCUUGAAGUGCUUGUCUUUAAUGAAUUGUCAUCAGUUUAGACAGCUUCCAGACUCUAUUGGGAAAUUGAGAUCGUUGGUCAUAUUGAAUUUGGUCUACACAAGAAUCAAAGAGUUACCUAAUUCCAUUGGAGAUCUCAGAAAGUUGGAGGUAAUGAACCUGGGAUCCACUCAAAUAAGGAAGCUACCAAACUCCAUUGGAAGACUAGAAUCAUUGGUUGAGUUAUAUUUAGCGAAUACAAAAAUUACAGGACUGCCAGUUUCUGUUGGAUAUCUUAAAGGGUUGAAGUUCUUAACUCUGGCUGGAAUAAUGGAGAAUCUUAGAGUGUUGGAUUCUAGCGGCUGUAAAAAUAUCAGAUGCACGGGGGGGUCAGUAAAAAUGGCAGAUUGCAAUCGAAGUACAAAUAUCACGUGGCCUCCUCAACUUUGGAGACUUGGCAUAUCUUGUGACGAUCCUCAAUCCGUCACAUGGCCUGCUCAGCUUUAUAAUUUGGCAUUAAGAGAUGUCACGUCACCUUUAAAACAACCAUUCUUUUCCAGCUUGAGAUAUUUAUCCCGCUUAACACUCUUUAGAUGUUGGUUUACAGAGAUUAACUUUCAGCAGCUAGAGAAUCUCCAUUAUCUAGAUGUGUUACUAUGUAAAUCGCUAGUGAGACUAUUGAGUUUAUCAAGGUUGCAAAAGCUCAAAAGGCUGAUAGUGAUGAGCUGCUCGCAGCUAAUGGAGAUUCAAGAUUUAGGAGAAUUGGAAUCUCUGGAGGAAUUAUCCAUAGAGAAUUGCGGCUCUAUACAAAGGCUACCUGAUCUAUCAAAACUACAUGAGUUGCGGACAUUGCACCUCUAUCACUGUGAAUUGGUGCAAGGUUUGCCUGAUAUACCAAACCCAUGUCAUCUCGAUGUUCAUGGAUGCCCGAUGUUAGUCGAGUCUGGCGACUCCUGCGAAACUUGCAGACAAUGUAGGGAACCCAACGUCGAUGUGAAUUGUAUGCGGGGUUUAUUCAGUCGAUCAAACUUGAAGGCCGUGAAGAAUUGGAACCAUGGGAAGCAUCACCGAUUACGUCACUACGAUUCCAGCCAAAAGGUUACCUGAUCUACCAAACUCCUUGGGUUGUAAGUCAAAAGUUGCGUGAGAGGGCACCUUCUCUUUAUAUAUUAUAUCACAGCUAAAUCUAAUGUAACAUUGUCUCGCAUUUAUUAUUACUAAAUCUCUUUUCAU